AUGACGAACGCAACAGCACACGAGCUAACGACCGCUUCCACAGCCCGCCCGACAAAGGCAAAGCCGCCGCCCGCACCCCCCAGCAGCAGCAGCAGCAGCAGCAGCAGCAGCAGCAGCGGGCGACGCCCUCCUCCUCCUCCACCACCGCCGCCCACCACCACCACCACCACCACCGCCUUCCCCCCGCGCACCUUCUUCUUCUACGGCACGCUGACAGACGCACACGUGCUCGCCGCCGUCGCCGCGCUGGACCGCGCGCCGGAGCUGCGCGACGCGUGGAUCGACGGCUUCGAGAUGAAGCUGUGGCACGGCGUGUACCCGGCGCUGCUCCCGCGGCGGCGCGGCCGCAUCGCCGGCAAGGCGUGGCGCGCCACCAGCGCCGCCCAGUGCCUGCGCCUGCAGCGCUACGAGACGGCCGCCUACGAGGCCUGCGCCUGCACCGUGCACCUCGGGCGUGCCGCGGGCGAGGAGGAGGACGGCGCCGAGGAGGCGGUAGUCCCGGGCCUGACGUUUCGCUGGGCGCGCGAUCCGCGCAGCUGCGAACUUGUCGACGGGGCGUUUGACCUGGCGGUUUGGCAGCGCAGGCACAAGGCGCUGGUGUUUGGCUAG